AUGCUGUUCAACUACGAGGAGUACGGCGGACAUUACGACGCACACUACGAUGUGGGACAUGAGAGCCAUGGUCACCCGGCCUGCUGCUGCCGCAACAGCGCGAGUGCAAGGCCGACGGGCAAGAAACUGUAUGCGCGCCAUGAGGAUCAAGCGGAGGACCCCGGAAUUUGCUUGUCGGCGGGAAAUGGCGAGCAUCUGGGUGGUGAUGAGGGCAAGUGCCUGGGCAGAAAGGCGGCGGAGAGGGUUUCAGGAUUGGAGAAGCUGCUUGGCGGCGUCUUUCCCAAGGGAAAUCCGGCAGCAGCGGCGAUGCUAGGCACCUUUUACAUUUCGCUGUUCCCCAACCUCGUCCUGUUUGCCACGCCUUCGUCGAUUUCCAACCGGGUGCUGCGCGUGAUGGUCGGCUUUGCAGUCGGUGGUCUUCUGGGUGACGUGUUCUUGCACCUGAUGCCGCACAUGUUCUCCGGCGGCCACAACCAUGAAGCUGAGCAGGAUCACGGCCAUGGACAUGGCCAUGGCCAUGGCCAUGGGCAUGCGCGGGACGUGGUCUUUGGGUGCACGAUUUUCUUUGGCCUUAUCGCGUUCUUUGUUGUUGACAAACUCAUGCGCCUGCUGGGCAACGAGCACUCGCACUCGCAUGGCCACAGCCACAGCCAUGGGCACGCAUCAAGGGCAGGCGACUCGGCGGUAUUCGAGGCCAAGCAGAAGCAGCGCAAGCGGCGUGCGUCCAAGGCCAGCCCCACAAUUAGCGACUAUGCGAGCGAAGCCGACGACGAGAAGGAGCUCGCCACCGCGCCCACAUCCAACCCUGACGAGGGCAAAAAGCCAAUCAAGCAUUCUGCGUACCUCAACCUCAUCGCCGAUGCCGCGCACAAUUUCACCGAUGGUCUGGCCAUGUCUGCAUCCUUCUAUCUCAGCCAUGCCGCCGGUCUGUCCACUUUUGUUGCGGUGUUUUUCCACGAGAUUCCUCAUGAGCUGGGCGACUUUGCCAUUCUGGUGCAGUCUGGAUUUUCGCGCUCAUCUGCCCUGGCCUCGCAGUUUUUCACUGCUCUUGGUGCCAUUGCCGGUACCAUGGCGGGCAUUCUCAUCGAAGAGACCGGAAGAGGCAAUGUGCUGAGCCUGAGGGGUUUGUAUACUCCGGGAAUGCCCGUGUUUGUGCCUGCAGUGGCCGGCAAGGGGUGUCUGCCGUCGUUUGUUGGCGGUAUUAUUGGCCUCUUCCCGUCGACAGUUGCUGGUGUGCCGUGGAGCCAGCUGGUUAUCCCCUUCACUGCUGGCGGAUUCAUUUAUGUCGGCACUGUUUCUGUGCUUCCAGACCUUUUGCAGCCCGAUACUGAGGGGCUAGAGGUUAUCAGGGGCGGACGUGUAGUCAAGAUCAGCGAAAAGCAAAGACUGAGGCGUGGCAUCACCAUGGCUUGUGUUGAGCUCGGUGCCAUGCUUCUUGGUCUUGGUAUUAUGGCAGCCAUAGCUCUGGGCGAAGAAUAA